AUGACCAUAAGUUUCUUCAAUUCUUUGACAUACUACUUUCUAAUCAUUGGGAUUCUACACCAAGCUGGGUCUCUCAACCCAGUCUCUGCAGUCUGCGAGCUCAGUUUAGUUGAUGGAAACAAGCUUUAUAGCUUUAACUUGGUUUCUCCGCUCCCAAAUUUCCCUCAUGGUGUCCUCAGCGAAGAUGGAUUUGCUGGUGCAGAGAGUGAUUUUAUCCAAGGAGGGAAUAAGGAGAGCACAGGUAUUCCUGAUGUUGUCAAAAAGGGUGUUCCGAUUACGAUAUAUAGCUUAUGGUCCUUUUGGGUUCGUGUUAUUGCUGUAGUUGAUUUGCCUUUGAGUUUCUCAUUUUUGAUUGUGUGGAGCAGCUCUGCGCUGGAUUGUGGGGGGUCAUCACGCUGUGGCAUGGAAUGCAGUGCUCUUGUGGCAAAGAACAUAGAAGGUUUACUCGAUAUUAUUGUCUCUUGUGUCAUCCAAGUGGUUAUGAUGUAUGCAUCACUAUUGGAAAAGUCUCAAGCACUACCACUAACGUUAUUGCCUGGGUGUGCCUUUUGUGAUGCUGUGGCUUAUGAGAGUGAUUCUUCAAUUUCAUCUCUUCCUGUUGGAGUCAUAUUUGCAAGCGCUAAUGCUUUCCCUAUAAUCAUCAAUGUUGCAGAUAAUCGAACUCCCCACAAAGGUGUGGUUGUUAAGAUGACAAGUAGUGGCCCAAAGCAUAAUUGUUCACUCUCUGUCUCUGUCAUCUGUGAUUCAAAUAGAGCUCAUGGGCCACACUCACUGGAGAAGCUAGGGACCUGUGAUUAUGCUGCAAUGCUACAGCACCCUUCUGGUUGUGCUACAAUUAAUGUUCAUGGAAAAGGAUUGGGAUGGUUUGGCACCAUGAUGAUCAUUAUCUUAUGUCUUUUUGGAGGGUAUAUAUUGAUUGGUGCAGUUUAUCGACAUUUCUUCCUUGGAGUUCGUGGGUUAGAUGUGAGUUUCAUCUCAUGA